GAGUGUGGGCACCGCAGGGUCCGUGACGCACUUCCGGCUUGGCUUUGUUUUGGUUUGCUCUCGCGUGGAGCGGUGAGGGCUCCCGGCGGAUACGGGCGGGAAGGAAGGCAGCACUUGGAGGAAGUCGGCAGAUGCCGGAAAAAGUCGCGCUCGAGCCUGACCGCCCCAGAGCGCCCAUGGCUGCGAGGUCCGGGGUCGCCGCGCCGCCCCUGGCGGAGGAAGUUUUGAAGGUGAAAGUGGAGGAAGACUGGCGCGCGGGGCUGGAGGCCGAGCCGCCCGGGCCCUGGACGGAUUCCGAGCGUUCCCGGCUGCAGUUCAGGCGGCUGCGUUACCACGAGGCGGCCGGGCCCGCAGAGGCGCUGAGCCGGCUCAGGGAGCUGUGUGGUCGGUGGCUGAGGCCCGAGCUGCACUCCAAGGAGCAGAUCCUGGAGCUGGUGGUGCUGGAGCAGUUCCUGAGUAUCCUUCCUGCGGAGCUGCAGGUCUGGGCGCGCAGACUCUGCCCGGAGAGCGGGGAGGAGGCUUCGGCCCUGGCGCGGGCUCUGCAGCGAGCGCCGGCGCGGACCCCGCCCCGGGGGUUGAUGACCUUUGAGGCUGUGUCUGUUACCUGGGAAGAGUGGGAGCAUCGGAAUGCAGCUCAGAAGGACUUCGGAAGGGAGAGCACACAGGAUUACUGGAGCAUGGUCUUGCCUAAUUUGGAAACUAAAGCUGAGAACAAGGAGUUGAUUCAAAAGCAAAAAAUUUUGAAAGAAGCAAAGCACCAGCCGUGGCUACAGAAAGUGUCCCAAGGAAAGGAACCCCUGUUUUCUGAAUGUGGCAGUAUAUAUGAGGACAGAGUAGAAAAGCAGCCAAUAAACUUCAUGUCACUGAAACCUGAAAAUUCUCCUGAAGAGCAAGGACUCACCAGCAUCACAAGUUUCAGUACAAAUGGUUCCACAGAAGGAGUCUCUAAAAGUAAUGAAUUUGGGAACAGGGCCAGAAGUUCCAGCUUUAUCCUUGGUCAGCACAAUCAGACUGUAUCAAGGCCCAUUGAUGGUAAAGAACACGGGAACAAACGCAAACAAAGUUUAGAUAAAGUGAACUGUCACAUGAUAAAACCUCACAACUCUGUUGACAUUGGAGAUAAUGUCCCUUGCUCUGGCCUUUUGGAGACACAGAGGCAGCUCUACAAAGAAAGACCUUAUAAAUGUGAUAGCUGUGAGAAAAGUUUCAAACAGCGUUCAGAUCUCUUUAAACAUGAGAGAGUCCACACAGGUGAGAAACCCUAUGAAUGCCAAGAAUGUGGGAAAAGCUUCAGUCAGAGUGCUGCUCUCAUUAAACACCAGAGGACACACACGGGUGAGAAGCCAUAUGUAUGCAUGCAGUGUGGGGAAUGCUUCAGACAGAGCUCACAUCUAAAUCGGCAUCAGAGAACACAUGCGGGAGAGAAAUACUGUAAAUGUGUGGAAUGUGAGGAGACCUGCCAUAAUUCCAGGCAUUUUAGGCAUCAGAGACUCCAUAAUGGAGAGCGACGCUAUAAAUGUGAGGAGUGUGAGAAGAGCUUCAAACAGAGUUCAGACCUCUUUAAGCACCAGAGAAUCCACACUGGGGAGAAGCCUUAUGGAUGCUCUUUAUGUGGGAAAAGCUUCAGUCAGAGUGCAACCCUUAUUAAACACCGGAGAACUCACACUGGAGAAAAACCUUACAAAUGUCUGGAAUGUGGGAGAAGCUUUAGACAGAGUACACACCUUAUCCGACACCAAAGCGUCCAUAGAAAUAAAAGCCCAUGACUUUGA